GACAGUCACGGAUCCUGUGACACCUCCCGGCAGCCUGGCACUUGUUGCGCCCAGGACCUGUGGUCAUCCCUUCGCCCGCCUUUCCCCCUUCCCCGUGCCCCUCCCGGCUUCUCUCCUUUCCGUGUGACCACCUGGGACACUGCCCUCCCAGACUUGGCUGCCCCAGCUAGAGAAAUAGAUGGUUUAAAAAAAAAAAAAAAAAAAGAAUUAAACGCCGCCCUGAAGAGGGGCCCCGCCGGGCAGGAGCACGAGCGCAGAGCGCUGGCCUGGGCGCUGCAGAGGUGGCGCCUCCACGGCCCGGGACAGUGGCCCCGGGCGCCAACGGCAUGACAGACUCGGCGACAGCUAACGGGGACGACAGGGACCCCGAGAUCGAGCUCUUCGUGAAGGCUGGAAUCGAUGGGGAAAGCAUUGGCAACUGUCCUUUCUCUCAGCGUCUCUUCAUGAUCCUUUGGCUGAAAGGAGUCGUGUUCAAUGUCACCACUGUGGAUCUGAAAAGAAAGCCAGCCGACCUGCACAACCUGGCCCCUGGCACGCAUCCGCCCUUCCUGACCUUCAAUGGGGACGUGAAGACAGACGUCAAUAAGAUCGAGGAGUUCCUGGAGGAGACCUUGACACCUGAAAAGUACCCCAAACUGGCUGCGAAACACCGCGAAUCCAACACAGCAGGCAUCGACAUCUUCUCCAAGUUCUCUGCCUACAUCAAAAACACCAAGCAGCAAAACAAUGCCGCCCUUGAGAGAGGCCUGACCAAGGCUCUGAAGAAGCUGGAUGACUACCUGAACACCCCUCUCCCAGAGGAGAUCGACGCCAACACUCGUGGGGAUGACCACAAGGCAUCCCGGCGAAAGUUCCUUGAUGGGGACGAGCUGACCCUGGCCGAUUGCAAUCUGUUGCCCAAGCUCCAUGUGGUCAAGAUUGUGGCCAAGAAAUACCGCAACUAUGAUUUCCCGGCCGAGAUGACAGGCCUGUGGCGGUACCUCAAGAAUGCCUACGCCCGGGACGAGUUUACCAACACCUGUGCAGCUGACCAAGAGAUCGAGCUGGCCUACGCCGAUGUCGCCAAGCGCCUCAGCCAAUCCUGAGCACCGCCGUCGCGCCCCAUCCCCGCUGCAGAAGGACUCGACUACUCCCACAGGACUCCGGCUUCACAGACUCCUCUUCCUCAUUGCCUCGGGAAACACUUUUUAAACCUGGCCUCAUUGUGCUGGCAUCAUGGGAACGCCAGCCUGCUGUCUUUCACGGAGGUCAGCCCCAGGCCCGGCCUCCUUGUGCAGGAAGCUGGCAAGGAGAAAUGACAGAAACAGUCAACCUCUCCGCCUGCCACCCCGAUCCGGGCUCAGCGCAUUUGGGGUCUGUCAGUGUUACAGAGCGCACACGUGGGAUUGCCACUGGCCCCUUCCGCCAACAUCGCAAUUCCUUCUCAGAUGCUUUAGAAACAGGCAAGGCCAGCUCCUCCUCUGCCCUCCUCUUCGUCAGUAUCUGCAAGGUCAAGGACAAAUGCCAUCUUCGUUCUUAUUCAGAGACCCGCCGCCCUGUAGGAGAGACAGAGAGAGUGAGUGCAGGAGGACCCAGCUGGCUGUGGACUUUUUGGGUAUCUGGCAAACACACCUUCAGUCACUUGCUACUUCCAGCGUUUCUGUCAUUGGUUGCUGAAGGCCGGG